AUGUAUGCGCCCGAGGCCUCGUGCGGCGGCGAGAACUCCACCGAGCUGGCCAGCAACGCCACUACCCUGGCAGUGGCGCGCAUCGCGGAGGACUACAAGCCCACCACGGUGAAGCUGCUGACGAGCACGCUGGACGCCAUGCCUGUGGGGUUGCGGAAGCAGCUGACUGACGGCCUGGCCAAGCAGGUGGACCUGGUGCCCCCUCUGGUGGGCAUGCUGCCCACCCAGGUAAAGAACGUGUUCCUGUCCACCCUCUGCUACGUGGCCACUCCGCUGCCCACGCUGGAGGUGGACCCCAGCGCGCCGCUGCUGCAGCACGUGGCGGCGGGCAAGGCCUACUCAAACGAGGGGCGCGACCUGCUGGCCCUGCUGGUGGGUGACAGCAAGGCCGCGGCCAUCAUGAAGACGGUCUGCGACGCAGCGCCCAAGCCCAGGGAUCCGCCCGCCAGCAACGGGACCGAACCCUCCACCCCUGUCUCAAGCGCCAUCAGCUAUGUGAAGGGGGCGUUUGGCAGCGGCUACAGCCUGUUCCAGGGCGCCAGGGCCAGGGUCGGCAGCGGCAUCACCAUGCUGCAGGGCGCGGCGUUCCAGGCUGGGCUGCUGCAGGGUGCCGCGUCGAAGCUCGUGAUGAACCUGCUGCCCUCUCGUGCGCAGGCAUGA